UCAGAUAGGCUAAUUUACACGUUAACUUGUCUGUGUGUAACUAGUUUUCACGAACAUCCCUAUUUUACAAAAGACCAAUUCCCUGAAUUGCAUUUAAAGAUUAAUUCCAACCACCUACAAAGAAAACCAGAUAAGGCUACUCAUUUUAUUCCAUAAACAGACCGUCUCUUACGACUAUCAACAUUCAGUCUUCCUGAAUCAGUGUGGGAGUGCACAUGCGCAGAACACACUAGCAUACUGCAGCAGCGCGAUAUGUUGUGACGUUUAUAACAGAGGCAAGUCCGAACAAAUUUCUCCCUACGUCUAAUAAUUAUCAAACACAACACCUUCUACAGCAGCUGAUUCAACUCUUUCACCCAGUGCAAAGGAAUAUUUCUGGUCGGGUGACAGUGAACAUUAAAAUGCAAUGUGAACUCUUUUAAUUAUUGCCGUAUAUUGCUUUACCUGUCAAAGUGGAACUUGACAAUGAUGUUUGACGCGGAUGAGCUGACCAAAGCAGCCGCCACUGGAAACACUGUCCGUGUUCAGUUUCUACUUUCUAAAGGAGUGAAUGUGAACAGCGUUAACAGAUUUGGAAGAACACCUAUACAGGUGAUGAUGAUGGGUAACACACCUUUAGCGCACCUGUUGCUUGAACAUGGUGCGGAUCCUAAUGUGCCUGAUCCCGGAACGGGUAGCACACCUCUACACGACGCUGCCAGAACUGGAUUCCUGGACACUCUGAAGCUUUUAAUUUGCUUUAGCGCUGAUCCAAAGGCAACAGACAACAACAAUUUACUACCUGUGGAUGUGGCACGACAGACGGGAAACUUGGACGUCGUCGAAUUUCUCAAUCGUUUUUAAAAACAAUCAUUUAUCUUCUAUUAACACGCAUAUUGUCUAAUCUUAAAUUUUAUUUUGGUUUACUUAUAUUGCACAUUGAUCUUUUGGACCGCAUAUUUAUUUGUAGUUUUCUUUGUAAGAAUGCCUUUUAAACGCUUACCUUGUAGUUUGUAUGUUUUAUUUGAGUUUACUGCAAUAUAUUUAUUCUUGGUAGAUACAAUUACAACGUCAAAAACGCUGCCAAAUCGAUUGCGGUUUUGUAACUGCUCAGUAAUUGCUUAUUAAUUUAUUUCGGUGAGCGGCUUUGUUAGAUUGCAUUAUACGAUAUUUUCGUUAGGUGUGUAAUUUUUGUGAAUAGCAUGACCAUAAAAUCAAGUUUAAUGCAUUCAGAAAAUACCGUUUAUAGCACUUUCGAAAAUACAUCUUUUUUAUAGCUUUAGUUAUUUUAAUAUCAAAAGUCGUUAGAUGGCACCAAGCAAACUUUAUUUGACGACUUUGCUCAGUAAUAAGAAACUAAGAAAUGCAACUAGAAAUUCAGAAAAUGUCAGUCAAAAUAUUUAUUCUGUAUUGUUAUUCCGAUCACACCUCAGGGUAAGAUAGACAAUACGCAUAAUUGCUAUUAAAACUAGAGAAAAAAAGAUUAUAGUUAAAGUGACCUAUUUGUCAGAUAUGGUGACCCAUACCCGAAAUGUGACCUCUGCGUUUAACCCAUCCAGUGAGUAUUGAACACACAUACACCCGGAGCAGUGGGCAGCUAUCACUGCAGCGCCCGGGGAGCAAGUGAAGGUAAGGUGCCUUGCUCAAGGGCACCUCAGUCAUUACCUGCCGGCCCUGAGAAUCGAACCGGCAACCUUGUGGUCAGAAAUGGUCUCUCACCAUUAGGCCAGGACUUAGACCAGGCACUUGAAAACAAUCAAAGUCAGAUUGGGACAACCCCUUGAAAAAAGUCAAUUUAAGCCUACUGUUAAAGUGUCAAAUCUUUAAGAGGCAAACUAAAAAUGAAACUGCAGAUACAUUUGCUCUCAUGAG